AUGUUGUUAGAUGCAUUAAUUGAAAAAUAUGACAUCUCUACCGUUGAAAAUGUUGCUGAAGUUUGGAACAAGCUUGUCCCAAUGACAAAGAAAGGAAUUGAAGAAAGAAUUAACUGGGUUAUUGAUGUUGCUGAAAAGGUAUUCUUACCUAGUGAGUUUGAUUUAGCUUUCUACCAUUCCUCAUCAAAUGAUGUUCGUAUUUCGUUCGAACAAAACAAGCGGUAUAAGAAAGAUGUGUUUUGUGCAUGUUUCUUAAUGGCAAUGUCCCCUGAAUAUCAAAAACAAUGUCUUGACUUCCAUGGUAUGGAGCAAUCGAUCACCUUUGAUCAGGUAGUUUCGAGAAUGAGAAGAGAGACUAAACCAACAUCUGAGACUGCGAUGAUUGCAACAAAGAAAUGGAUACGUAACAAUUCCAAUCAACAUAAGAAGAAAGGAAAUUUCAAAUGUUACGUAUGCAGUGGAAAUCAUCAUGUAAAGGAGUGUCCAACAUUGAAGGAACGUAUUCCAAAUGCUCAUGUGUUCAAGCAACCAGCAGAACAAUUAGGACAAUCUGAAAAGCCUUCUCAGCCUUCUCAGUCUGCCCAAGGUAGUCAAGGUCAUCCAGCUGCUCAAUCUUCCCACCGUACUCAAAGUACUGGAGCUAAUGCUUGGUUUGCCACCGUACCUGGACAAGGUGUAGGUCAUCUUGGUUUUGUUGCGUAUGACUCAACUAACAUUGAAUUCGAUGCUGUUGCUCUAUUUACUAGAGCUAAAGAAGCUGAAAUUUCUAAGUUAGAUUGGCUGUUUGACAGUGGAACUACUAUUCAUGUUUGUAAUGAGAGAGAGAAAUUUCAGGAUCUUUCUUCCACUUAUGGUGGUACUAUCUCUGGUGUGGCUGGUAAAGUUCCAAUCAAAGGGUAUGGUACGAUUAAUGUUGGUAAGUUUACAUUUCAUGAUGUCGCAUAUGUUCCUUAA